AAAUGGAAACUACCAUAGAACAAAAUAUUGACACGGUUAUCUUUUCGCUUCUUGAAAUAAAGAAAAAAAUAAAAGACGAACCAAAAGAAUCUCCAUGUCAUGAUUGUGAAAAACUAAAAAAAAAUUGUAGAAGUGCUUUUAAAAAAUAUAACAAAGGCUUAUCACUUGUCGAAAAUAUUGUUAAGCUUCAAAAAGCAGUCGAAGAAACAAAUA